AUGCUUUACACGAGUCAGGGUGAUAGUGAAAGUGCAGUGACUUCCAGUGAACUGCCGAUCCCAUCCUAUCCAACCCGAAGUCUCAACUUUCUGAAGGCGUUGCCCAGAACAGGAGGGAGCGCCAAGGCAUCUUGCGAAAUCAACAACCUAAGUCCUUCUUCACUCGCUCUGAAUGUCUUAGUCGUGGGUGCUGGUCUCGGCGGCCUAGCCGUCGGGAUUGCGCUGGCACGAAAAGGUCAUGCGGUCACGAUAUUCGAGCAAGCGCCUCAGAUGGGUGAGGUUGGUGCCGGCAUACAAGUACCGUCCAAUGUCAGCAGGCUGCUCUUACGAUGGGGCCUGGGGCCUUUACUCGACGGCAAAGUUGUCGAGCCGAAGGAUAUAUCUUUUCGGCGUUGGAAGAAUGGCAACGUCAUUGGCUAUACGAACUUGGUUCCUCACUUUCACGACACAUUCGGGGCUCCGUACUACGUCGUUCACCGGGCUCAUCUCCACGAAUCAAUGCAAAGAUUGGCCAGGGAGCUUGGUGUUAGAAUCCUUACUGCGAGCAAAGUGAUGAAUUAUGACAUGGACGGCCCGUCUCUGACCCUCCAGGACGGAUCCACUUUCGGGGGAGACUUGAUAGUAGCGGCUGACGGAAUUAACUCUGUUUCCCGUAAAACGAUUCUAGAUGGCGUCGAUAGAGUUCCACUUAGAACAGGAUUCGCGGCUUAUCGGGCAACCGUAGGUGUCGAGAAAAUCAGAGAGGACCCUGCUGUCUCUUGGAUACUGGAGAAGCCAGGCAUGAAUGUCUGGAUUGGCGAGAUGCGUCACGUAAUGACCUACACAAUAGCUGGGGGAAAUUCCUUCAAUAUGGUUCUCUCCCAUCCGGAAGAAGAAGAUCCAGAGACAUGGGAUCAGGGCAAGGCCUUAGAAAGCAUGAAGGACCAUUUCAAAGGAUGGGAUCCGGCUCUACUGAAACUCAUCGCCAUGAUCGAGAAGACGAUGAAGUGGCCGUUGAUGACCGGAGCCCCGAUCGAGAAGUGGGUCGCACCCACUGGCAAAUUGCUAAUGCUGGGGGACGCUGCUCAUGCUAUGCUGCCAUACAUGUCACAAGGCGCCGCCAUGGCCGUUGAAGACGCCGCUGGCUUGGCUGAAGCCAUAAGUAUGAUCGGAUCGAAGAGUCAGCUACAGAUAGCGUUGAACGUUUUCGAGACCAUCCGAGUCAAGCGCGCAAACCAGAUGCAAGAAGCCAGCCUCAUAAACGGUAAGCUGUGGCACUUUGCAGACGGUCCCGAACAGGAGGCUCGUGAUAUUGCUAUGCGCCCUGAGGUCGAGGGCCUUCACUUCGACGAGAGUCCGAAUCAAUGGAGUGAUCCUGUCACCCAAGAUUGGUGCUACGGAUAUGAUGCAGAGGAGGCCAUGGCCAAGGCUAUGAGUAGUGCUUUGGCUAAAGCCAGCCUCCCAGCAAGUGUUAAUGAUUAA